AAAGAAUCUCUGUUUGGCUUUAUUUAGUUUUACAUAUUUUUGUUUUGUGUUUCACUGAAUUUUUUGUUCCUUUAUCAUUUCCUGCCUUCUGAUUGGUUUGUGUGUAUAUUGCUCUUCUUUCUCUAGUUCCUUAAGGUAGAACUUUAGAUUUUCAAUUUCAGAUAUUUGUUUUCCUUUUUUAAUGUUAUAGGGUUUGAAUCAUUUGAAAUUUAUUGAGACUUGGUUAUGGCCCAGAAUAUGAUUUUUCUUGGUAAAUGAUCCAUGUGCACUUGAGAAGAAGGCGCUUCUAAAGAAUAUAUUUUAAAGUUUCUUCUCUUCUGUUUCCAGCAUUCUUUCUUUCUUUUCUUCCUCUUCCUCCUCCUAAUUGUGACAAGUAAUACCACACUGGUUGCCUGCAGAGAGGACAGCUGUGUGGUUUUGACCCAUGGGAAUGUAUUACCUUUUCAGACAAUUAUUUAAUUUUUAGUAAAGAAUGAUAAUUGAAUCAUAGUGGUGGCUAAAAACACGCACAAAAUCUACACACACAAACAAAAGGAUUAUGAGUAGCAGACCAGAAAUUUUGAGGAAUUCUUGGAAGACAGGAAAAGCAGGUGCUAUCAGAUUAGUUAAUUCAGAUAACUCAAAACACCUGCAGUAGAAAACCAAGCAUGUGCAUAGAAACUUGAACAGUUAUACUGCAGAAGGUCCCCAGGUCAACCAUGUGAUUAAAGAGCUACUAUGAACAGCAGAUGUUUUAUCUGCCCUGCUCUGAAAUGUCCCCAAACCCUACUUAAAUUAGAAGUAAGCACUUGUAGUAUUGGACCUUUAGGCUCCCCAAACUACACUCCAAAGACAGUGAAUGAGGUUGAGACAAAUGCAGACCUGCACAAAAGAAGGGAUAAAACAGAAGCACACAUCUACCUAGAGGGGACAAAUAACUACUUUUCCAUCAUCAGAAAUGCCAUUUUUGUUUUGGCAAGAGGAAGGGUCCCUACCCUACCUACAAGCACCCUGCCAUGUACCCCCAAAGAGGAGACUACUACUUUAUAUUGACAUACUGUGCAAUCCCGUUCCAAGGAAAAGCCUAUUAGUGAAAUGGACAUCACAACUGUACAUCAGAUACAUGCUGAUUAUGUAGGCUAAUCAAAUGUGCCCUUUAUUCCUAAAUAUGAAAGGACAAAGUUUGGGAAAUAUUUGAGGAAGGUGAAAGAGAAGAUCAUAAACAGAGCAAUUUCUGAGGUUAAAAAAAUACAGGAAACAGAGUUACCAAAAAAGCCAAAUUCAUACUCAGAAUUUUGAGAAUUUGAAUAAGAAUGUGAAUUGAAUAAAACUAUGAAUUUGAAUAGGAAUAUGAAUUUGAAUAAGAAGGCUGAGAAUAUUUGAAUAGGAACAGGCUGUAAUAAAAGGGAUCCAUUCAAGAUCCCUUUUUUAUACCAAUAAAAUCAAGUAAUUGUAAAAUGGACACAUUAUUGCAAAAUUAAAAUCUUAAACCCCAGGGGGCGCCUGGGUGUCUCAGUCGGUUAAGCAUCAUGAUCUCAGAGUUCUUGGGUUCAAGCCCUGCACUAAGCUGUGUGCUGACAGCCCAGAGCCUGGGGUCUGCUUCGGAAUCUGUGUCUCCCUCUCUGCCCCUCCAUCUUUCCCUUGCUUGCUCACUCACUCCGCUUCUCAAAAAUAAACAAACAUUAACAAAAAAAAUUCUUAAACGGUGCUCAGCGCAGGGUCUCCCUGCCUCACUUAGGCUCCACCCGAACCUGGAACAGAGCAUGCGCGGCCCCGCCCCACCCCUUAUCCCCCUUCCCCCAAACCGGAAACGCCCCCGUUUCCUGUAACGGACCCCAGUUCCGGUUCUAUCCCAGAGCUGUUGCUGCGUCCGAACCCAACGGACGCUGCCUAGAGGUCUCCAUUGCCACUGAGUGCCUCUGGCUUCUCUCGCCAUUCAAGCUGGGCAAUCUUCGGGGCCGCCGCCGCCUUCGGCCUCGCCACUGCCUGUUCCGGGGUCCUCGCUUCAGAGUUGCCUUGACCUUGGUGCCAGCGCCGCCAACCAUGGCCACCGCGCCGUUCUCUCAAGUGUGCCAGAACUACCACCCCGAAUGCGAGGCCGCCAUCAACAGCCAGAUCAACCUGGAGCUCUACGCCUCCUACGUGUACCUGUCGGUGGCUUUCUAUUUCGACCAUGACGACGUGGCCCUGGAGAACGUCUCCAAGUUCUUCCUGCGCCAGUCCCACGAGGAGAAGGAGCGUGUCGAGAAGCUGAUGCAGCUGCAGAACCAGCGUGGGGGCCGCAUCCGCCUCCGCGACAUCAUGAAGCCUGACCGCGACAACUGGGAGAACGGCCUCAACGCCAUGGAGUGCGCCUUUCACCUGGGGAAGACCGUGAACCAGAGCCUGCUCGACCUGCACCAGCUGGCCACCGACAAGAACGACGCCCAUCUGUGCAGCUUCCUGGAGACCAACUACCUGCACAAGCAAGUCAAGGUCAUCAAAGAGCUGGGGGGCUACAUCACCAGCCUGCGCAAGAUGGGGGCCCCGGAAGAUGGCUUGGCAGAGUACCUCUUUGACAAGCUCACCCUGGGCAACAGCGACAAGCACUGAGUUGGGACUGCCUUCCCAUAGCCACAGGGUGCAUGGUGACUUACCCUGGUCACCAUGCCGAGCAUGCAUUUUGCAGUAUUGCACUUGCAAAACGUUCCAGUUUUCUUUCUUCCAGUUUUGCCAUAAAGUUACUUGGUUGCAAUAAAGUUAUUUUGUUCCUAAAUAAAUAAAGGUCUCUGGUUGAUGUGUAUGCACAUCUUUCACCUUUUAAGUUUUAUAGUAGGUAUCCAGGAGUCUCUCCACCCACCCAACCCUAUCCAUAUGCAGCUGAGGAUCUCCAGAAAUGGAGGGAGAAGGUAUUCCAUGGGACCCUGGAAAACACAAAAUUAAUCUUCCCCUCAUAAGCAGUGUGGGUGGUGGUGGUUUAGAGCCCUGAAGAAUGUGGGAACCUAUGCAUUGUAAAAGUAUAAAAACAUUGCCUGAAAGUUAUGACUGAGGUUGAUCUGGGGAAAGAGUGAAGGAAAUGGGAUUGGGCAGGGAUUAAGAUAAAG